UUUAUCAGAAUGAAAAGCCUUUUGGGGAUAGCAGUGAUUUGCCUUUUAGUUUGCCUGACAUGGGCUGAUGAUAAUACAGUGUCUGUGUCCUGUCACCUUGGAGUCUUGCGGGUUACUGUACAUAAAUAUUUGUUUAAUGAUGGCGUAUUGGUGAAGCUCGAAGAACUGACGCUUGGUAAUGGUUGUCCAGUUAACAAUGAGAGAUGGGAUGUAUAUAUAUUUCAGUAUCCUGUGACACAGUGUGGGAUUCAAACUGAGGUUCAUGAAGAAGAAUUGGUUUAUAAAACCUUUCUUUUUUAUAACCCAAUAAAUCACCCUUAUGGUCGUCCACAUUCAUAUAUGUCUGUUUCCUGUGUAGUACCCAGCUUAAGCUUACAAAAGCCAAGUCUUGUUCCUGGCAUAGGACCUCAGAAAAAUGAUGAAAUUAAUUUCAUCGGAAUGCAGCCUGUUGCCUCCUAUAAAAGUCCAGGACU